UUUCCACACGGACACGUUUGAAAUCGAGCAACGCACCAGGCGAAAUGGAAGUGAAAAAUGCUAAUGCCGCUAUGCUCAGCAAUUAUGAGGUGUUCCAACUCCUCACAGACCUGAAGGAGCACAGGAAGGACAGUGGGAAGCACAAACACAGCGCUGGGCAGCAGAACCUCAACACCAUCAUGUAUGAGACGCUGAAGUACCUGUCAAAGACGCCCUGCAGCAGACAGAGUCCUGAGAUUGUCAAGGAGUUUCUCACCACUAUGAUGCCUCACAAACUCACAAAGGCAGAAAAACUGCAGCUACUGAACCACCGGCCUCAGACUGCAGUGGAAAUUCAGCUUCUUGUAGAAGAGAGUGAAGAACGGUUAUCAGAGGAGCAGAUUGAAGAGCUCAUCCAGACAGUCACAGAUGUCCUACCGGGUGACCCUGAGCAAGAAAAUGCAGCUCCAGCAGAUGCAGAGAUGGAUGAAGGUGGUGACCAGGCAUGACACUGUGACGGGCCAAGCUAAAAUUACUGCAGAACUGGAUGGAUUGUGAUAAUUUGCAAGACUGCCUGAACUGUGCAGCAUGCUGAAAGAUGGGAUGCACAGUGGCUGCCUGACCACAGGAUGAAAGGACCUUAUUAACUAAUUCACAUCAAGUUGACUUGUUAUAUAAACAGAGGAAGAUAUACGGAUUGCUGAUUUACAUUUUUGUGUAUACGUACUGUAUAGCUGCAUCAAAUCAAACACAAGCACACUUGAUGCCUUAAAUGCAACAUAUUGUUCAUUCUGUUUGGUGUAAAAGUUUUAGGUUAACAGUUGUAAAUACAUAUUUAAAAAUCCUUAAAUAUAUAAUUGUCAUCAGUACUGCAGGACACUUUUCACAGAUAUGUUUCUGUAACCACUCAGAGGUUACACAGGAUAUAAACUGCACACUUGCAUCACAAACUCUUUAACCACAGGCCCUGGAUCCAGUCCUGUUUUUCAACUGCUGUGUUGUAGUAGAGGAAGGAUGUGCUGGUUAGACUCAUAAACAUUUCUGCUUGAAGUUUCCUGUUAACAUAUGUCAGUUUUUUGCGCUUACUAAGCACCUUGCCAAAGCAGUGAACAGUGAUUUUGGAUAAGCGCAUCUGAGAGCUCCAAGUGAUGUCCCACCAAUCAGACAUGCUUGUAAAUGCAAACAGGACAGACAGUUUAUUUAACAGUGGAAUUACAGUGAUUACAAAAACGCAGGCUGCUGUAUUUUUGUAAUUGCUGUAAUUUUACAUUAAUGAACUGCUAACUUUGACUUUAUCCAAUUUUACUACAUUGUACUUAGAUGGCCUCCACAGCCAUCUAAGUACAGAGAACU